AUGGUCAAUGCUAUCAAGGGGUUGUUCAUCUCCUGUGAUGUGCCAAUGGCACAGUUCAUUGUUAAUUUGAAUGCUUCCAUGCCUGCAUCAGAGAGAUUCAUCGUGCACAUGCUUGAUCCCACACACAUGUUUGUUCAGCCUCAUGUGGCAGAGAUGAUCAGAAGCAAGAUAGCAGAGUUCUGGGAUCAGAACAGCUAUGAGAAACCUCAGUAAAGCAUCACCCUACCGUGCAUUUCCGUUGUCACCGACCAUUUGGAGAUACUGGCUCAUGUCAGGAAUAGAUGGAUGGCAUCCUCCAUCCCCCUCCCCUCGAGAUGAUCUAUUUGCAUAUUGUAUUAUAUUAUAUAUAUGCUGGGAGCCUGUGAAUUGUUGCGUCCCCAGACUCUUUGGUGAAGCUUUUAUGCAUCACUUUGAUUUGUAAAUUGUUGCGUCCCCAGACUCUUUGGUGAAGCUUUUAUGCAUUAUUACUUUGCGUGUGUUGAAUUGUUUAUGAGUAUUCAGUUGGGGGCAGAAUGGCACAGAACUACAGUCUAUCGUGUGGCCAACAUGCUAAUGUUUCCGUUGGAAAAAUAUAGCUGGAAAUUAUUCAGUUUCAAAAAGAAUCUGCUAGUCCACACUAAAGCUCUGCACCAAUGCUAUCAUCAAAUGAAACACAAACAUGUAUAUAGCAGAUAAACAAGCCACACAUGUACUACAGGGCUAAACCUAACAUGGAUGGAGGUGCUUCAGGGAGCAGAACAAGUAGAAUAGCAUCAUAACAAGUGAACAAAGGUCGCCAAACUUGUAAUGUUUCAUUUGCUCAAUAAACGAAAACUCAUGAUAAAUAUAGUAUCCAAAUCACAAAGGGGGGAAAAAAAGAAAUGUGAACCAGCAGCUUCGGUGUUCAAAACAGCUCCAUGAUAACACUAGUGUACCAUUAGUCUCAUGUCUGCACCUAUGGAAAA